AAUAAGUGGAGGUAGAGGCAUCAAAGAAGUAGAAGAAAUAGGUGAAACGGAGGGAACAGAAGAAAUAGGUGAAAUAGAGAAAAAAGAAGUAGUAACAGAUGUGGAAGAUAAUGAAGAAAUAGAAGAAAUAGAAGAAGCAUAA